AUCGCCGGGGAUAAGAUACAGCAGGUCUGGGCUGCCCGGUCUGCGCCGGCGGUCUGACUUGCAAAAACAAGUCAGGUGUUGCCUUUCUGCGAGCGUCGUGCGCUCGCCUGCUUUUCCCAGACACAGCUCGCCACCAGGUUCCCACUCGACUCCAUUCUCCAUUCCUCGCAGUGGCUGUGAAUCGCGUGAGGCAGUCGCCAGCCAUUGCUUCGUCAUAUUCUCAAGUGGCUAACCACUCAGCAACACCACACUCGCAACGAAAUCAGAUACAAAUGAGUCUCAAGAGACCGCAGCAUUCCAUGGACGAGUUGGAGACCAGCAGUGCGUCUUCGUCCUCACCUGUACGCGCUUCUAGAACCAAGAGCAAGAGCCGUCGCAGCCGCCGCACGCUGCACAAAUCCGACUCGUGCUCUUCCACAUCAUCGUCCGAGGCCUCGCUACCUCUGGCGUCGGCUCCGCGCACUGUUGAGAUCAUGUGGGGCGGCCGCACAACACCGGGCUUCACGCUCAAGCGCAAACGCACAGGCGCUAUUCUGGUCAGCACCGUGACGCGGGAGACGCAAGUUGCUACAACACUCAAGGUCGGCAGCGAGCUCCGACUCGUAGGUGGCUUCCCUGUCAACCGUCUCACACUACAGGACGUUAAGAAGGUCAUGCUCAUGGCUCCCAAGCCCGUAAGUCUCGUGUUCGUGAACGCAGACGACGUGGUCAUCGGAAACGUGGAUAGCGGUAUCGAUACCGAAGAGCUCACGGCCGAGAGGAAGCUCUCGUCCGCUUCGUCGUCCGCAGACCGAUCGCUGGCGUCUACAACACUCUCCAGUGCCAGUUUGCGACGCAGCAUGAGUAUGGACAUGAACAACCUCAAGGAGGAACACGCCGCGGAAAGCGAUAGCGACAUCUCCACCAACUCAGCGCCGGCAUUCUACAGCACGCCGUCCGAGAGCAACAAGUCCAAGAAGCGCAAAGUCUCCAAGCUUCAAGUGGCUUUGGAUCGAGUCAACCAGCUGUUGAACCGCCCGGUGCGCCAGGCUGGCCUACACAUCGCCGCCGGCAAGAGCAUCGUCGUGUAGAUAUCUCUCUCCACAUGUCUACAGUUUUCGUCAUUCUUCUUCAACCACAUGCCCAAUCAAGUUCUUCAACCAAGUUCUUCAACAUCUUCAUCCCGAUAGACGGAGAAAGCAGCAACAAGAUGAAGCAGAGAGCAGCACGCGAGUCAUUUGGAAGCUCCGCAAAGGUCUGCUGCUCUGCUCGCCCCCUUAUACGCAGAAAAUGCCAUGUAUUUAUAUCAGCAGUCGAUGCUAAGAGAAAAAUACAUCACUGAAAAUUUGUCCACGUGCUCAAAACAGAAGCCU